AUGGCCGAAGCUCUGAAAGCCUUGGUGGAAAUUAUCUCCACUGAAACCACUGCCCUCUUGUCUGCAUACGCCACGCAUGAGGUGAAAUUUCCUUCGAUUAAUGAAACGUCCACCACAUCUUCGAUGAAAAAUACAGAUUUUGACGUCGACCCAACCAUUAUCCGAAUGCGACAGUUGAUUGUCGCUGCAGCCGCGCAGCUUAUCGCAACUGUUCAACCUCCGGGUGAGUUUUUGCAGGAUGCAGCGCCAGCGAUGUUCAAGUCGGCGACAUUGGGGUUUGUCAUUGAUGUGGACGUACCGGAAAUCUUGAUGGAGGCAGGUCCGAUGGGACUUCAUGUUAAAGACCUUGCUAUUGCGACAGGUGUAGAUGAUUCUCACCUUGCACGGGUGCUACGCUAUUUGGCAACGCGCCAUAUCUUUCGUGAGGUAGAACCCAAUGUGUUCGCACAUAACCGAAAUUCCACCCUACUGUCGAAAGGCAAAUCCGUGAAAGAGAUAAAGGAAGACCCACUGGGGAGAUUUGACAAUUCCCCAUUCACUGCUUUCCUUCACAUGGCGUCCGAUGAGCUAUUGGCAAGCUCAGUACACUUGUCGGCAUGGCUAAGAAACCCUGGACAAGCCCCAGCCGCGCUCAACAUGGGAUGCAAAACGCCUAAGAAGCUGUGGGACUGGUACGAGGAGCCGAAUAAUGAGGCAAGGCUGCGACGUUUCACGGUUGGAAUGAAAGCGAACGCAUACCCCUCGUAUAUAUUCACAAAUGGGAUCCACGGAGAUGCGCUAAAAGCGGACGACGUAGUAGUUGACGUCGGAGGCAGCUUAGGGACAGUGACACUCGUGUUGAAGAAAGCGUUCCCAAAACUUAACUAUGUUGUCCAAGACAUCGACAAGACAAUCACUGCGAGUGAAGACUACUGGAGAGAACACAGUCCAGAAGCUUUUGAAAGUGGCCAAGUCAAAUUACAAGCGCACAAUUUUUUCGAACCGCAACCAGUUAAGAACGCUGCCGUAUACUUCCUUCGAAACAUUCUUCAUGAUUGGCCCGACGAAGAGGCCUGCGAAAUUCUCUCGAAUAUACGAGACGCGGCGGGCCUGAAUUCUAAGUUGAUCGUUUUUGAAUCACUGGCUCGGUAUACAUGCGAAGACUCGCCACGGGCAAACUUCUCUCUUCCCGAAGCUCCUUACCCGCUACUCAAAAAUCUUGGUGUAGCCGGCGAAGGGUUCUUGACCGCAUUGGACCUAGGCAUGUUGGCGUUGUUCAAUGGUAAAGAAAGAACGUUGGCAGAGUUCGAGGAAUUGGGAAUCAAAACCGCCUGGAGGUUGGAAUCUGUGAAGCCGGGCUCCCUUUAUACUCUCGUUUUCAGCCCAAUUACAGGGGGAACGUAGGGGAACGUAGGUAGAUUUAGAGGCGAGAAUCUGUAAGCACUGUAGAUGACUGUAAAGAAAGGCAAAAUUAUGAUGGAUUCAAAAAUGAGAAUUGAAUGGUCCCAUUGCUUGGAUAGGCUUUCUCUUGCACCAAGAUUUAGUGAGGUAAUCUGGUAUCCAAGAGAGAAAUUUCCCUGAAAGUCUGAACUGAAG